UCUCAGACCCGAAAAGCAAUCGAUGGCAAAAACAGCUGCAAAAUCUUCCUAAGGCCGCCAGGAACCAUCCCUGACUCGGAAGGUGCGCGCACACGUGCACACGGGUGUCCUCCAGCGGUUGCUCCCAUUCCUCCGCCUGAGGUGAAUCCAAAAAAAAGGCAGGACUCGAGCUUCCAUCCUCUUCCUCACCCAAAAAUAAAAGGCCAGGAAAGGCCCUCCUCCCACAGUCGGCCCUCCUCCCGAGGGAGAGCGGAGGAGAAGGCCGCUUUCCCGGCCUUUUGUGAGCUCAGCUCCGCCCACAGACGGGCCCCGUCCUGCCUCUGCCCCGCUUCAGGUGACGGUUGGGGCCGCGGUCGGGGAAAAAGAAGUGCGGCCGGCUCUCGAAGCAGCGAAGCCAGACCAUGAUGGGGGCCGCUCGUCGGCACGUGGUGUGCGCCAUGUCUGGCGGGGUGGACAGCGCCGUGGCGGCUCUGCUGCUGAGGCGGAGAGGAUAUGAUGUGACUGGGGUGUUCAUGAACAACUGGGACUUAGUGGAUGAAAAGGGGAUUUGUCAAGGCAAUCAAGAUUGUGAAGAUGCCUAUAAAGUGUGUCAGAUACUCAAUAUUCCAUUUCGCCAAGUUUCCUAUGUUAAAGAAUAUUGGAAUGAAGUGUUUAGCUACCUUUUAAAUGAAUAUGAAGUUGGACGGACACCUAAUCCUGAUAUUAUAUGUAAUAAAAACAUCAAAUUCAAUUAUUUCCUACACUAUGCUAUGAAUAACAUUGGAGCUGAUGCAAUAGCAACUGGACACUAUGCGAGGACCUCCCUGGAGGAUAAUGAAGUUUUUCAUCAAAAAUACAAACAAGAAGCACGAGGACUAUUCAGAAAUAGAUUUGAAAUUAGAAACACUGUCAAACUUCUUCAGGGAGCUGAUCACAAUAAAGACCAAACAUUCUUCCUCAGUCAAAUUUCUCAAGAAGCUUUGCAGAAAACCAUUUUUCCUCUUGGAGACUUAACAAAAGACUUUGUGAAGAAGAUAGCUGCAGAACAUCAGCUUUAUCAUGUGUUGAAAAAAAAAGAGAGCAUGGGCCUCUGUUUUGUUGGUAAAAGGGAUUUUUCAGAGUUCCUCCUUGAGUAUCUGCAACCACGUCCAGGAAAUUUUGUCUCCAUUGAAGAUGGCAAAAUUCUUGGAAGACACAAGGGUUGCUUCUUAUAUACGUUUGGCCAGAGAGCUAAGCUCAGAAUCGGCAGUAAUGCAUGGUUUGUUGUAGAUAAAAACAUUGCCUCUGGGGAAGUUUUUGUGGCUCCCUGCAGGGAUCACCCUGCACUUUACAGAGAUCUUUUACGGACAAGCAGAGUGCAUUGGAUUGCUGAGGAACCUCCUGCAGAACUCAUUCAGAACAAAAUGAUGGAGUGCAAUUUCCGCUUCCAACACUUGAUGGCGCUAGUACCUUGUACAUUAACCCUAAAUCAAGAUGGAUCAGUAUGGUUGACUCUGUCUAAGCCAAUAAGGGAUCUUACAGCAGGGCAGUUUGCUGUUUUCUACAAGGGAGAUGAAUGCCUAGGCAGUGGCAUGAUUCUGAGACUGGGGCCUUCAGUCUUUAUUUUGCAACAAGGCAAAAACAGGGAGACCACUGGGGAGAACAUAUCAGCUGAUGAGGUCACAGUCCAGCCGACCAAAUGAUUUCUUGCUUUCUUAAAACCAAGCAGUGUUGUGUGUUUUUUUAAAAAAACUGGUUAGUCAAAAGCCUUGGAAUGAUCGUCGGAUACAUGAAUGCACAUCUGGAUGUGUUUGGAAUUUAUCUGGAAAAAUAAAACGGUUGUGACAUA